GAGAGGUCCAGUCAAGGGGAUACCCAGGCAUCAUCAUCAGCUAGUCAGCUAUCAUCAGCCCCCCAAGCCUCAGCACAUCAGGCAGGCCCAGCAGCCAAACCCCCUGGUUGUCCCACAUCACUACCUCACAAGCCUCCCAGUGGGACCGUAGAUAAGACCAUCAGUAGGCCGACCAAAGGAGCAGGCAGAAGGAGGAGGGUGAUACCAGAGCCAGGCACCAGCUCUGAAGACGAGGCCAGUGAUGACUUUGAUGACUCUGCUGAGGGCGUGGAGCUGAACUCUGAUGGCUCAGAUCAGGAGGUUGGAACAGGGUCUCUUGUGAAGGGCCAGAUUCUCAGGUUCUUCCAGGAGGCAUCGCUGGAUGAGCUGUCUCUCAUCUCUGGCUGCUCUGUGAAGAAGGCCCAGAGGAUUGUCGAGCUGCGCCCAUUUAACGAGUGGGAGAAUCUGUUGGAUGCUCUUGACAGAGGGAACGGCCUCUCCACUGACCUGGUGCAGGGCUGCCGUGUGGUCCUGAGGGAACGGGACGUUGUGCGCAGCCUCAUGACCAAGUGUGAGAAAAUCGCCAACAAGAUGAUGCAGGACGUGACCCAAGUGGUAGAGAGGGACAAGGGCUCCCAGAAACAGCCUGAGAUCCUCAACGGGAAAUACCAGUUGAAGCCUUAUCAGCUCAUUGGUCAAAAUUGGCUGACCCUGCUCCAUCAGAACAACCUGAGUGGAAUCCUUGCUGAUGAGAUGGGUUUGGGGAAGACCAUCCAGGCCAUCUCGUUUCUAGCCAGCCUGUACCAGGAGGGCAAUAAGGGCCCACAUCUCCUCACUGUACCUGCCUCCACACUGGAUAAUUGGGUGCGGGAGCUGAAUCUGUGGUGUCCCAGGCUCAAAGUCCUGGUGUAUUAUGGGUCUGUGGAGGAUCGCAAGUACCUUCGAUAUGAUAUUCUCAACAGACAGGUCGACUACAACAUCAUCAUUUCUACGUACGCUCUGACCACCAGCAACGACAACGACCGCAGCCUGUUCCGAAAGCUCAAACUGGAGUACGCCGUGUUCGAUGAGGGCCACAUGCUGAAGAACAUGAGCUCGCUGCGCUACCGCCACCUCAUGGCCAUCAAUGCUAAGUACCGUCUGCUGCUGACUGGGACUCCAGUGCAGAACAACCUCCUGGAGCUCAUGUCCCUGCUCAACUUCAUCAUGCCUGAUAUGUUCUCCAGCAGCACUGCACAGCUCGCCAACAUGUUUGCCAUGAAAUCAUCAGAGGAGCAGAGCAGCUUUGAGAUGGAGAGGAUCUCUCAUGCCAAACUGAUCAUGAAACCCUUCAUCCUCAGACGUGUCAAGAGUGAGGUGCUGAAGCAGCUCCCAGCCAAAGAGGAGAAGGUGGAAUUCUGUGCCAUGAGUGACCAGCAGCAGCAGCUCUACAAUGCCUUAAUGCAGAAGCUCAAGGGAUCCACCAAUGGAGAGAAGCGAGAACUGACCAAUGUGAUGAUGCAGUUGAGGAAGAUGGCAAAUCACCCACUGCUGCACCGGGAGCAUUAUACCACUACCAAACUGGCUGCUAUGAGUCAACUCAUGCUCAAGGAGCCGACCCACUGUGAAGCAGACCCAGCACUGAUCAAGGAGGACAUGGAGGUCAUGACAGACUUUGAGCUGCAUCGACUUUGUCUUCAGUACCCGUCCGUACAAGACUAUCAGCUGAACACAGACAUGCUCCUGGACUCAGGGAAACUCAGCCUGCUCACACAGAUUCUGGCCUCUCUCAAAAACAAGGGGGAUAGAGUGGUGCUCUUCAGCCAGUUCACCAUGAUGCUGGACAUUCUAGAGGUGUUCCUGAAGCACUUGAAGCAUCACUACAUUCGACUGGAUGGAUCAACGCCCAUGUCUGACAGAAUUGUGCUGAUUGACCAGUACAACACAGAGUUGGACAUCUUUGUGUUCUUGAUGUCUACUAAGGCUGGUGGCCUGGGCAUCAACCUGACCUCAGCCAAUGUGGUCAUCUUGCACGACAUUGACUGCAACCCCUACAAUGAUAAGCAGGCCGAGGACCGCUGUCACCGUGUCGGACAGACAAGGACUGUGAAGGUGAUUAAGCUGAUCAGUAAGGACUCUAUAGAGGAUGGCAUGCUCCGCAUCGGUCAGAAGAAACUCAAGCUGGAGCAGGAUAUGACUGCUUCCCAGUCCCAGGACGGAGAUGAGGACUCGAUACCAGAAGACAUGGCCUCCCUUCUGAAGGCGUCACUGGGGCUGUGAGGAUGUAUCCAUUUAUCUGGAGGGGUCCUCCAGGUUGUCGAUUGUCAGGGCAUUCAGAGCCAUGGAUGCCGCAUGUGUCCUCUUAUCUUCACUGUACUGUAUGUACAAAUAGUUUCUUAAGUUUAUUGCCUUAUGAUGUUUCUAAGACAUUUUGUGUCACUGUUGCAACCAUUUGUAAUAAAAGAUUACAAGCAG